CUCUCACAGUACAUUGCCCUUUGGCAGCUCCCACGACCUGUGUGCCCCACGGCUCAGGUCAUCUUGAAGCCAAGACUUAAGGAAUGGACCCUCCAGGACCCACCUCCCCUGGCCUCGCCUUAUAAGACCCCGGUGACCCUGGCGUCUGAGGCUACAGCAGGAGACAGGAACCCACACUCCUUGGGGUUCAGGAACUCUGGGCAGCACAGAUGGGUCCUGGGAGCUGCCACCUUCCUUGCCAAGGGGCCGUGCAUGCCAUGCAGCUGAAGACCGACCCCAGCCCGGAAACAGAGCUUUCUAGCGGUUUCUGGCUUCUUUCCAGCUGGGAGCCAACACCAGGAGGAUUGGCUGGGGACCUCGAGGCCGGGGCUGCGCACUCUGACGUGCGGCCCCUAGACACGCAGGGACGGUGGAGCUGGAGAACCCCAUCUCGGGAAGGCUGGUGGAGGGGGAGCCCCAGGCGGCGAGUGCUCAGCUGAUGCUCCAGCGUGCCACCUCCUUAGCUCACCAUCUCCAGAGAGACCACCCAGACUCCUGCCCUGAGACUGAAGAUUCAGGGCACGGGUGGAAGGCUGCCUGGGGAAGACAAGGGACACUGAGGCAUGGCGACCAAGGACAUUGUCCCACUGGGUGUGACAGUGCUGGAAGAGGGACCCGGGACUCGGGGCUACCUCUUCAUACCUCCCGAAGAUCGCCUUGAUCUGUGGGGCUUGGGAGGAAGGCAGUGGAUGGCUGGAAAGGCCCCCUCUGGCUCCAGCCUGGAAUACGCAGACGAAGGGAGGGAGGCUGGGAGGUCUUUGCCUGCCCUGGAACCUUUCCGGGACUCCCACCCCCUUUGGCUCCGUAUCCCGAGAAUGACGAAAAGAAAUGCAGCCGACCCCGACCCCAGCAGCGACCGGCAAUGCUGUGUGGCAACCCCAAAGGGGAUGUGGACCCAUUCUACUACGACUACGAGACCGUCCGCAAUGGAGGCCUGAUCUUUGCUGCCCUGGCCUUUGUCGUGGGGCUCAUCAUCAUCCUCAGCAAAAGACUCCGCUGUGGGGGCAGAAAGAAACACCGGCAAGUCAAUGAAGAUGAGCUGUAAUGAUGGAGUCUGCCGUGCCCCCGUUCCACUGGGGUCAUUGGGAAGCCUUCCCUGAGCUGCAGACCUUUGUCCCCAGCACCGUCAGGCCCUCGGCUGAAGGAAGCGCCAGGCUCCGUGUGACCCCUGGGUGCACAUGGCCUCCUCCCCUCUCUCGGCCGCCUCCCGUUAAUAAUAAAGCCAGCCUCAGAGAUGGCUCCUUCCCUGGCCUCCCUCCCUCCUCCUCUAUACCUGCCACGACCAACUCGCCCUUCCAAGCUGGGGUGCAAUGCAGCCUGGUCUC